AAAAAAUAAUUUCUGACCACGCCCAGUUAUUGGAAAGGAGAAGCCGGUGGAGUGGAAGUAUGUCCGCCAAUCUGCGGGAUGAUCUGCAGGAAUACCUCCAGGAGCUGGGCAUCCAGCCGGUGUGUGUGGAGCACCCUGAGGUGUUCACGGUGGAGGAAAUGAUACCCCAUGUGCAGCACUUGUCGGGGGCACACAGUAAAAACCUUUUCUUGAAAGACAAGAAGAAGAAAGGGCUCUUUCUGGUGACGGUUCUCCACGAUCGGCAAGUCAAUCUGAACGACCUGGCGAAGAAGCUCGGCGUUGGCAGCGGGAAUCUCCGCUUUGCAGAUGAAGCUUCCAUGAUCGAGAAACUGAAAGUCGGCCAGGGCUGUGCCACCCCGCUUUCCCUCUUCUGUGAUGUCAAAGGGGACGUCAAGUUUGUCCUGGAUUCCAAAUUUCUAGAAGGUGGUCAUGAGAGAGUUUAUUUCCAUCCUAUGACCAACUCAGCGACCGUGGGCAUUACUCCGGAGGAAUUUAUGACCUUCUUGAAGAAAACUGGACACGAUCCGAUCAUAAUACAGUUUGAGGACUAAAAUUAAAGUGGAGGUUCACCCGAAAAGUUAAUUUUUACCCUUAU